UUUUUGCACAAUGGUUCAAAGCAUGGACACCCGGCCCACUCACACAGGCCCAUUAUGUUUUAAGGCCAGGUCCAAGGAAGAGAAAUCAAGCUGGAACGGAAGACGGGAAGAGAAGCGAGAAGCGACAAAGGCCGACCCAGUGAGCGACGGACUCACGCCUCACGGACCUCAGCGGCGGCUCACGGCGCCACUGUCGCCUGCGCCUCGGGUUCAAACCCCAAUUCAGUCAGUUUCGCUUCGUCAGUUUCAUCAAUGAACAGAUGGAAUGUGAUUUUUUUUCAGUACAGAUGUUUAAAUCUUGCUGGAUUUCAAGACGGUCCAUCAAGGCCUUUUCACCCACACCCCAAAUGCGUUUGAUAAGAUGCCUCUAUGAGCCUAAGCAUUAUUUCUCAUCCAUUGAAUGUUCUGCUUGUUCGUACACUACUCUUCACGCUUCAGAAACAGAAACCACCCGAAAGAGUUUGCUAUAUAAAGAUUUGAAAGUUCUGAAAUUGCAAGCCCCCAGCAGGUUUAGGAGUUCUCCCCGAAAAAUGUGUUUGGGAAAUAGUGUGCUUGUGCCAUUGGGGGUUCAUGUGGACCAAGGAACUCAAGGUAUUAAAAAGGUUAGUGAAAGUAGAAUGAGAGUGCUACACUGGUAUUCAGAAGUGUUCCGAGAUUAUGCGGAAAAGAUGUUCUUAAAAGAAGGAAAAGUGCUUCAUGGGGAGCUGGUUAGAAAUUUAAUUGACCUAGAUGCACAUGUGCUUGUUUCCUUGAUCAAUUUUUAUGCUAAAUGUGGAGAUCUGAAUUCUGCACGCAAAGUGUUCGAUCAGAUGCCUGAGAAGGAUGUUGUAUCAUGGACAACACUAAUCUCAGGAUAUCUACCUGAACGUAAUCAUAUUCAAAUUGUUAGAUUAUUUUGUGAGAUGCGGAGGGAAGGUGUAAUCCCUAAUGGGUUUACAUUGUCCACAGUUCUGAAGGGUUGUUCUAUGUGCUUGAAUUUAGAGUUUGGGAAACAGUUGCAUGCUAAUGUAGUAAAACUUGUCACCUCAGAUGUUUAUUGUAGUUCUGCGCUUAUUGAUUUCUAUGCUAAAUGUCAUGAGAUAGAAGAUGCGAAAAAAGUAUUCCUUCAUUUGCCAGAACCAAAUUUAGUAUCUUGGAAUGCUUUGCUUAAUGGGUAUGCACAAGAAGGCGAUGGGCAAGAGGUCUUAAGAUUGUUUUGUUGUUUGUCUGAGUCAGAAUUCAGGUUAAGCAAUUACACAUUAAGCACUGUUCUAAAGAGUUGUGCUAACGAGGGCAACUUGGGAGCUGGCCAAGUAGUUCAUUCAUUGGCAAUAAAGAUUGGAAGUGAACUUGAUGACUUUAUAAGCACUAGUCUAGUAGAUAUGUAUUCCAAGUGCCGACUGCCUGAGGAUUCUCUUAAAGUUUUUAAGAGAAUAAGAAGUCCUGAUGUUGUCUCGUGGAGUACAAUGAUAUGUAGCCUUGAUCAACAUGGAUAUAAAAAAGAAGCAGCCUCUGUUUUUCAAAUGAUGAUGCAUUCUGGCGUGAGACCUAAUCAGUUUACUCUUGCAAGUGUCAUUAGUGCAUCUGCUGAUUUAGGUGAUCUGUUUUUUUGCAAAAGCAUCCAUGCUUGUGUUUUGAAAUUUCGACUUGACUCUGAGAAUUUGGUGAGCAACACUCUUAUCUCAAUGUACAUGAAUUUUGGAUUAAAUAAUGAUGGCUACAAAGUUUUUUGCUCUAUGAAUUCAAGGGAUGUUAUUACUUGGAAUGGGCUUUUAUCGGGAUUUCAUGCUGAUGAAACAUCACACGAGGGGCCGAAGAUUUUCAGUCAGAUGCUUAUUGAGGGAUUCAAGCCAAAUCUGUACACAUUUAUAAGCAUUCUGAGGUCUUGUUCCAGCCUGUCAGACAUUGGUUUUGGGAAACAAGUACAUGCUCAUGUAAUUAAGGAGAACUUGAGCGGAGAUUGCUAUGUAGGAACUGCUCUGAUUGACAUGUAUUCUAAAUGUGGGUACCUGAAUGAUGUUGAAGUUAUUUUCACUAGGUUGGCUCAGAAAGAUGUAUUCACAUGGACGGUGAUGACUUCAGGCUAUGCACAAAGUGAUCAAGGGGAAAAGGCCUUUGAAUGCAUAAGUCAGAUGUUGAAGGAAGAUGUCAAGCCAAAUGAAUUUACUCUUGCAAGCUGUGUGAGUGGCUGUUCACGUAUAGCAAGCCUUAGUAAUGGAAGGCAGCUGCAUUGCUUAGCAGUUAAGUCUGGGCAUUUCAGUGAUUUGUUUGUGGCCAGUGCAUUAGCUGAUAUGUAUGGUAAAUGUGGGGCCAUUGCUGAUGCCGAGACUCUGUUUGAGGGCAUUGAGUCAUAUGAUACUGUGUUGUGGAACACAAUUAUAUGCACAUACUCUCAGCAUGGGAUGGGCAAAAAAGCUCUACAAGCUUUCAGGAGGAUGUUGAAUGAAGGUAUUUUGCCUGAUGCAACUACUUUCAUUGGCGUUCUUUCUGCAUGUAGCCACUUGGGCUUGGUUGCUGAUGGGAGAAAACACUUUGAGUCGAUAACCAACACUUACGGAAUCAUUCGUUCUCCCGAGCAUUAUGCUUGUAUGGUUGAUAUCCUUGGUCGAGCCGGAAGAUUUGAUGAGGUGGAAAAGUUCAUUCAGCACAUGGAGCUUACUCCAGAUGCAUUAAUCUGGGAGACUGUUCUUGGUGCUUGUACGAUUCAUGGAAAUGUUGAAUUGGGAGAAAUGGCAGCGAAUUUCUUAUUUGAACAUGAACCUAAAGUGGAUUCGAGUUACAUAUUGCUGUCCAAUAUAUAUGCCGCAAAGGGGAGGUGGAAGGAUGUGGCAAAGAUGAGAGCAUUUAUGUCUGAUCAGGGGGUUAAAAAGGAACCUGGUUGUAGCUGGGUUGAAGUUGACACUCAAAUCCAUGUCUUUCUAUCUCAGGAUGCCUCACAUCCAAGAAUAAGCGAUAUACAUGCAAAACUGGAUGAGCUCUGUUUACAACUUAAUUCAGCAGGCUAUAUUCCAAACAAGGAUUAUUCACUUCAUAAUGUACAAGAUCAGGAAAAAAGAGUAAACCUCCUACAUCAUAGUGAAAGGCUGGCUCUAGCUUUUGCACUCAUAAGUCACGCUACAAACCAUACCAUAAUAAUCUUCAAAAAUCUUCGGAUAUGUGGAGAUUGCCAUCAAUUCAUGAAGUUGUCGUCAUUAAUAACACAUCGAAAAAUAGUUAUUCGCGAUGUUAAUCAUUUUCACCACUUCUGUGAUGGCACGUGUUCCUGUAAUGAUUAUUGGUGACAUGAUCUUGACCAGCUAGCCUAUUGUUCUCAUCUCUACCAGGCUUCAUUGAUAUUAUUAUUCCUAGAUCAUGAACUAAACAGCCCGAGACUACUAUUUACUUUCAACUCACUAUUGGGUCUAGCGCUUCUUAACUUUUGAAGUGCAAUAUUUAGUUCAGAUGAUUUUCUUCGCCAGUGGAGAUCUAAUGAUCCUGAUCCAGUUAGAAUAGCUGAUUGAUGAGAUAACUUCAUGGCAACAUGCUACAGAGACCUUCCUGGGUUGUACUUAUCAGUGCCAUUGCAAGAAGCAACUAGACGAUCAGAUGGGCCAGAUUUGGCCAACCCAACUGUGGCCCAAUUAGACCACCCGGCCCAGCAAAGUCGCUGAUUGAGUUGACAUUUCUAUCAUCCCCUGAAGUGUUCAGUCCCUGGACGAGGUCGCAGAUAUGCAUUCGUAACACAACUUUAUUGGGAUUACCUUCUCAGUUGGGAAACUCUACAAUGCUGAAGUCCUUGGUAAUUGUUUGAGUGGACACAACACAUUCCUGAUGAAGUAGGAAACCUUCUUGAUCUUGGAGACGUGUAAGAUUCUUUUUCCCAUGUCAGUUUCUUGGUACUUUCAUCAGUUUAUGGUCACCUAUGCUGGAUUUAACAAUUAGCAUCCACGUUUGGGAGACUUUAACAAACUGUGUCCUUCUUGGGACAAGGAUACCUAGUGUCAACUAUCAAGUGCUCCACUGCUCCAAACUAGAUAUUCUUAGGGUCUCCACUGGAGAAGAACAUCAUCUAAGCUAAUUAUGGCAGUACUAAAGUUAACAAAUGCUUGACUUGCAAGGCUUCAACACAUCUGGUUUCUACAUUAAGUUUCCAUGAAGUAAUGGUAUAGUGUUGAUACGAAGCAGUGUCUUAAUCCAAAGAAGCUGAGAAGAGACGGCCGAGAGUUUUCCUUACAGAACCAGAUGGAGUUGGAUUGUGAGACAGAAGAUGGAAGAAUGUUUUUAUGGCAUUAAAAGAAGAAGUGUAUAACUGGAAAAACUAUGCUUUUCAGGUGCUUUACUUUUGCCUGCGGGCUACUGUCGUCCUUUCUCUGCUCUGUUAGUUUUGGUAUAUAUUAUUGGACAACCCAAUCGGGUUUGUUCAUUUCUCUGCACUUUUUUGAGUCCACACGCUUCUCUACUGAGAUUCUUGAUUUUAUUCAACUUUUUACCCAAGCUGUAAAUAGGACUUGGGUGUUUUUACUUGGACUGUAAUUUGUCCUACACCAGACCAGAUCAGACCAGACCAGAACAGACCAGACUUGGAUAGUUAUAAAAAUACAAAGAAACCAGACCAGUUCAGACCAGAUCAGACCAGACCUGACUAGCAAAUUACAGUCCAAGUAAAAACAUCCUUACGGUGGGUUUAGGUGAUGAUUUUUAGAGCAUGUUAUUUUUGUCUUAUUAAAUACCACAAGGC